AUGUCUUCACAGCCGGUUUGGGAUGCUCAAGUACAAAGAUGGAGAUGUUUAGGACCUCAAGAACAGCAAUUGGUAUAUAUUGAUGAAGAAAAGUCAUGGAAGGAAUACGAUUUUGAGAAUAAGAAGUUUUUAGGUAGCUUUCCUGUUGAAUCUAAUGCAGACGAUAAUUCUGCUGAGAAGGGUGCAGAAGAGACGUCAGAAACGAUAAGUGAAAAGAAGAGAGAAUACCCAGAUGAAUCAUACUCAGAAGAGCAGCAACCCGAUGCCUCAGUGAAAAGAACAAAAAAAGAAGAAACUUCAUCAAACAAGGAUGAAACGCUUGCACCAAUCAAUAAGGCUAUUUAUGUUUCCGGUCUUCCCAAAGACGUGACAGUAUCAGAAGUGAAAGAAGUAUUUUCCAAAUGCGGAAUCAUCGCCGAAAACGUUGAUACAGGUACGCCUAGAAUUAAAUUGUAUACAAAUGAGGACGGUACGUAUAAGGGAGACGCCUUGAUCGUUUUCUUUCGAAGCGAAAGUAUUCAAUUGGCAGAACAGCUAUUCGACGAUACCGAAUUUCGACUUGGCUCAGGAGUAAAGAUGAAAGUUCAAGAGGCUAGUAUUGAUUACAAAAAGGAAAAGUCUGUAAAUCGGGAUGUCAGCGAUUCGGUCAAGAAGAAGGUCCAAAGAAAGCGACAGCAACAAUUACAAAAAAUCUCGUCUUGGGGAGAAGUUGAAGAAGAAGUUGAUGAAAAAAGAAGAAAGCGUUUUGGGAAAAUAUUGGUUUUGAAGCAUAUUUUUACAUUGAAAGAACUGGAUACCCAGCCUGAACUGUUACUUGAUUUAAAAGAAGACAUCACAGCUGAGGCCGAAAAAUGUGGACGCGUUACCAAUGUGGCAUUAUAUGAUCAAGAGCCGGAUGGCGUUGUAACGAUUCGAUUUUCAAACAACGAAGAGGCAGAAGAAUGCAUGCGAUUAAUGCAAGGUAGAUACUUUGAUGGAAGAAUUGUGGAAGCAUCUAUAUAUGAUGGGAAAACGCGAUUCCGAAAGUCUGGGAAGCAGAGUUUCGAGAAUGACGAAGAUGAAGAGCACAGGUUAGAGAGGUUUGCAAGCUGGCUAGAAAAAGGCGAGAAAGAUGAUCAGUGA